AUGUUGGAGAUGCCGGUGGUAAUUUACUGCCGCUUGUCUAUGGCCGCUUGUCUAUGGCCGCUUGUCACCGUCACAGCUGGUGAUACCAUCGCACAAACGUUCACCAUCGAAAUGCAUGGCCAAAAUCACUAUAACGAUGGCGGUGGAGGAGGCGGAGCAGACAGUAGUGGUAGUUUGGAAAAUAUGGAUUUUGAGAAUAUGGAUAUGCAUGCCUUCGAUCAUGAUGCUGGCAUUGGUGGUGUACCAGAGGAGUCAGAGGAGCGCGAUCAUAUAGUGCAUCAUUUUGAUUUACCAAAAUUUGGUGAGCCAUUACAAAAUGUCACGGUACCAGUGGGGCGAGAAGCGGUACUGCAAUGUGUUGUCGAUAAUCUGCAAACCUACAAGAUUGCGUGGCUACGCGUCGACACACAAACGAUACUGACGAUACAAAAUCACGUUAUAACGAAAAAUAACCGAAUGAGCAUAACCCAUGCUGAGAAACGUGCUUGGAUAUUGAGAAUACGUGACGUCAAGGAAGCGGACAAAGGCUGGUAUAUGUGCCAGAUCAAUACGGAUCCAAUGAAAAGUCAAGUYGGUUACCUGGAUGUUGUGG